AUGGACUUUCUUUUUGCUGAACGAAACGCAAGGAAGAACAAAGAGAAGUUUCACUUGGACUUGAUCAGAGGCGAUGUGGCAAGUGCCGAAAAGAUCGUAUCGUUCUUCAAGAACCUGAGCAGAAAUAUAGUCAACGAGUAUGAUGGGGACGGGUACCUCCCCAUCCACCAUGCUGCAGCGGCUGGGAAAGUUUCAUCCUGCGAAUUUCUGAUCAAGAACAAGUGUGAUGUUACAAAGACAGUGCAUCCACUGCAAGAACGUUCCUCCUUGAGAACUUGUCUGCACUUUGCUGCGAUUUCAAGGAAUGCCGACGUUGUUAGCUUGCUGCUGAAGCACGGAGCAGACCCUCACACAAAAGAUGCGCUGAAGCAAAGGCCGAUCGAUCUCGCCAAGGACGGCACGUGUUGGCAGCUGCUGAAGAGGGCGAUGAAUACACAAACCAACGUGAACUCUUCUCAUCUCCUCCUCGACAAGAUCUCGGCCGCCUUCAACUGCGUAGUGAGGGUUCCAAGCAUGAAGAUGAGCUCCAACCAUGCCGCGCGGCUGGAGAAGAGCUACGUGGCAUGGGAGACAGAAGUGGACGGGAAGCACCCGCCCUACCGGAUCCCAUCCCUGUCUUGGAUGCAGGAUGUGCAGUCCAACGCCGACGUAGGCAUGCUUCUCGUUCUUAUCAAGAACGUUGAGAAGCUCCGCAAGAUCCCGCUCAACGGAUUGAUUCGGGCGCAAUCAGUGAAAUACCAGGAAACACAUUCCUUGGAGAUCUGUGACUUGUGGGUGCGACAGGACUGUCGGAGAGAAAGAUUAGGCUCUGUCCUGCUCUUCUCUCUCUUCGUCACUUACGCCAAGAAGAACUACAAGAGCGCUCUGUGCAGAGUACACGCAGAGAACGUAGGGGCAAAAGCUUUCUUUCAGAAAUUUGGCUUCAGGCGGAUGAUAAACACAUCAAUCCCGAGAUAUCUCAUCAAACCAAACUUUGAAGCUUUCGAGCUGCGAGAUAUCGGCGAUUCGCUGGAGAGGUUUCAAGUUUUGUUUGCAGACUACAAGAACAUUGCGAUCGUGGAUGAUGAGCACUUGAUGGAGGAGGCACGGGCGGACGCUGAGGAGGCCAGAAACAGGAGGAUCGAAGAGAAGAAGGAGAGACAAAAGGCACGUCCCUUCUUCCAAGAUAACAAUCGAGACCCUGACAUGCAAAUGGCGCUUGGAAUGGAGGCAGCACUGCAUCAGCUGGGGGAAGGUGGCCCAUCGAGAGCUGCCAAGGCUGAGGGCCCCUGGUGGACAAGACCAAGGCCCUUGUCUCGGCAAGGUAGAGGUUAA